CUCAAAUUUGUGAGUAGUUAAUCUUUGCAAUACAAGUUGUUUGUGAGCUCGUGCAGUGGCGGAAGUUUUGAAAACUGAAGGUUUUGGAGUCACAUUUCAUCGGAAUAUGGAGCACGAAACGAUAACAUCCAGAGGAAAAUCGUUCUACUGUGACAUUUGCCAUGUGAAAAUAGUUACAGGUAAAGCUGUUGAAGAUCAUGUCCAAGGAAAGAAACACCAACGUCUGAUUGCAAUCCAGGCUUCAAGACAAAAGCAAGCAGAAUGUAGCAUAUUUGUGGGGGGACUCACCAAGCUUGUCUCCGAGUUGGAACUCUCAGAUUAUUUCUCUAAAUUUGGCAGUGUUGCUCAGGUCAUUGUGGACAAGGAUAAGGGAAAGUAUGCCAUCGUGGAGUUCAGUCAGAAAGAGGAUGCUGAGAAGGCAGCAGAGGAGGAGAAGCAGAAGAUGAAUGGGAAGAAGAUCACGGUCAGACCUAGAGAAAACAAGCCCUUUGCUCUCAAAGGCAAGCAGCAAGCUUCUGCAGGAAAGAAAGCCAAGACCGCCAGAGAGAAAGAGAUGGAUAAUGUCCUGGAAGGACUCCUGGAAGCAGAAGAUGUUUGUUCUCAAAUGACAGCCCUAGUCGAGGAAACAUGUCUGGACCAAUCUGAUCUUCAGCUCCGGUAUCUCAUCUGCGACUUGCUUCAAGAGGUGUUUGUGGAGAUGUUUCCCAAGUGCAGAGUUUUCCCAUACGGCUCAUCCGUCAGUGGAUUUGGGGUCAAAGGUUGUGACCUUGACCUUCAGAUUGACCUGGGUCGAGACAGUGAACAAUACAAGUACAAAUUUGCCUCCAUGUUCCCUGAUGAAGAUGACAUGGAGACCAAUGAAGAGAUGGCAGCAGGUACCUCAGAUGCUGAUGGUACAUCCUCUGAACAGCCAGAAACAAGCAAUAUGACACAUGAGGAGAUCCUUCAGAUCUUAUGUCGUCUUCUGAAGCAGUGUGUCCCAUCCUGCCAGCAUGUCAGGGUUAUCCCAAGCAGUCGUAGACCAGUCAUCAAGUUCAUCCACAAGGAGUCUGGUCUGCACUGUGACCUGUCUCUAGACAACAGACUUGCUCUGAGAAACACAGAGCUCCUUCACUUCUACUCCUCACUCGAUGAGCGCGUAAGACCGCUAGUAUGUUGCCUGCGUCAGUGGGCAAAACACCAGCAGCUGUCGGUGAACCAGCAGGGUCCAGGACCCAAAAUGACCAACUAUGCCUUGACUCUCCUAGUAAUCCACUACCUUCAGAACACACAGCCUACAUUACUGCCAACCAUUCAUCAACUCAGGGAACUCGCAGGUCCAGACGAGAGUACUAUCAUUGCAGGAUGGGACUGUUCUUUCACAACUGAUGCAUCAAAGGUCAGUUGCCUCGACAACACAGAGACCAUAGAUCGUACGAAAAGAAAAAGAGAUGAGGAGCUGGCCAAGAGUGCAAAGCAGUGCAAGUUUCUGGAAUGUUUCAUGAAGAAGAGGUGUCCCUCAUCAGAGAAUGUAUCCAGAAUAAAGCAUAAUCAUCCUUCAAGUUUACAGGAUGAUCAUGAAGCUCAGCCAGGUGAGAAGGCAGAGUCAGCAUCCAAGCAUGAUGAUGAUGGUUCCACUCCUCCACCACUAGCUGCAAGUUCAUCUGCUACUUCUUCUCAGCAACCUCAGAUGACCAAGUCAGCAUCUCAGCAACGCGAUGAUGGUGCUAGUCCUCCACUAGCUGCAAGUUCAUCUGCUACUUCUUCUCAGCAACCUCAGAUGACCAAGUCAGCAUCCAAGCAUGAUGAUGAUGGUUCCACUCCACCACCACUAGCUGCAAGUUCAUCUGCUACUUCUUUUCAGCAACCUCAGAUGACCAAGUCAGCAUCCAAGCAUGAUGAUGAUGGUUCCACUCCACCACCACUAGCUGCAAGUUCAUCUGCUACUUCUUCUCAGCAACCUCAGAUGAUCAAGUCACUGUCCCAUCCUCAUGAUGAUUGUGCGAGUUCUCAUAGUGCUAAUGCUACUAGGAGAACAAAAUCUUCAACUGUCGAUAGCUGGGGAUAUGAUUGGCUUAAGUACAAUGAACACAACGGGUAUGUGUCAAAGGUUUGGUGUAGUGUGUGUCGGAAUGCCAGACAUCGAGGGACCAAAGUAUCAAUGCAUCCAGGACAAGCACAAAUUUGUGAUAAUGAUGCAUACAUCGUAGGAACAAGUAAUGUGAAAAAGGACACAUCAAAAUCUCAUUCCAGAUCGAAGUUCCACUUGUCUGCUGUUCAAGCCACGCUCCCUCUGGUUGAAAAAUCGAAACUUGCACAGCAAUUUCAGACAAUGCAGGACAGAACAAAGGCCAAAAUGAGUAAGCUUUUUGACAUCGCUUACAUGGUUGCACAUUGUGAACAACCCUUCACCAUGUACAAACAAUUUGUGCUUCUUGAAAAGAAGCAUGGCGUUGACCUUGGAGUGACAUACAUAAAUGAUGCUGCAUGUCGCACGUUCAUUCAUCACAUAGCCGCUACAAUGAGAGAAGACCUUGAGAAGCUUUUUGGACAGGAGCCGUUCUACUUCUCAUUACUGUUUGACGGCAGUACAGAUAAAUCCAUUUCUGAAAAAGAGGUUGUCAGCAUCAAGCUCAUUGAAGAUGGCAUUCCGAAGAUAAAAGUCCUUGGAAUAGCAGAACCAGAAAGGUGUGAUGCCCCUACAGUUGAGCAAGCGAUACGGAAGUUGUGUGAGGACCACAACCUCAACCUGAAGAACGGCUUUGUGGCAUCAGCAGCUGAUGGCGCUGCAGUAAACUUCGGAGAGAGGAGUGGAAUCCUGACCAGGUUCCAGCGAGAAGAUGCUCCAUGGUUAAUCAAGAUGCACUGCAUUGCACACCGGCUCGAACUUGCCUUGAAGGAUGCUUUCAAGAACACAUAUUAUGUGCUGAUCGACGAGCUUAUGAUGCAAAUGUACUACAUCUAUAGACGGUCUGCAAAGAAGUGGCGGGAAGUCAAGGCUGUGGCGUCAGCACUCAACAAGCAUGUAGUCAAGCCAAGUCGUUCACAGGGAACCAGAUGGGUGGACCACCGUCGAAAAGCGCUGAAAUGCUUGGCUACCAACUACCAUUGCAUUGUCAGCCAAUUUGAAGAACAAGCAUCCGGUCAGCGUAAAGACAUCUCUCCAGCUGAUGCAGCCAAAAUGAAAGGGUUUUUGAAGAUGCUUAAGUCCUCUAAGUUACAUAUGAGCAGCUACAGGGAUAUGGUGGAAUACUUGGCAGAGCUAUCCCUCGGCUUUCAGAGGGAUGACCUCCCAGUGUCCAGUGUUGGCAGGAAUAUCCUUGUAGCACAAGCUGGGCUGAAACGGAUGGAGGAAAAACCAGGCCCCCAUCUGAGAACCGUCCUUGCUGCCGCAACUGAGGCAGUGAACGAGGAGGAGGCAGAAGAGAGUCCAACCUUCUCUUUCCAGGAUGUCAAACUCAAGGUUACCAAGAAAGAUGUUGUGGACUUUCAGGCCAGCAAAGUGAAGGUUCUGAAAUCUGUGAGUACUUGCCUAGAGACUAGGCUGGCUGACUUCGGUGACGACCCGAUUAUCAAGGCAGCCAAGAUUCUUGAUCCAAUCGGAUAUCCAUCCGAUGUCCAGGAAGCAGUAGACUUUGGUAUUGAUGAGAUCCACACAUUGUGCGAUCACUUUAGACCCCUCUUGAUGGCAAAGGGCUGUGAGGUAGAGCUGGUUGAGGUCGAGUGGAUGAAGCUCAGACAGGAAGCGAAGAAAGAGAAGUUUCAAGACCUCUGGAAGAAUGUCCUAGUUCACCAGGGAGAUGUGUACCCCAACCUAUGCCAUAUCAUCAGGAUACUGCUUGUGCUACCCACAUCAACAGCGCAGGUAGAACGGCAGUUCUCUACCAUCAAGAGAUGCCAAGGUGACUGGCGACUAAGUCUCAGUACUGCAACAAUCACAGACUUACUACGCAUAUCCAACGAAGGUCCAGCACCUGAAGAAUAUAAUCCAGAGGCUGCUGUGCAACAUUGGUUUGUCACCAGUAAUGCAUCAAGACGUCCAUCUGUCCAGCCUUAUGGAAGCAGAGUCACUACCCCACAAGCAACAGACUGGUCUGCUUCAGAGAGUGAUGGAUCUUCUGACUGAAUCUGAUAAUAAUUAUAAUCAUAUAUUUUAUUCUGCUUUUAUAUACAUGUACUAUGUAGCCUUUAAUACAUCUCAUACUCAUAGAUAUAUGUUCUAAGUGCGUAACAGAAAUGUUAUUACCCCUGUCAUAUCACACAUAGGAGCAUCACUAUCCUGGCUGUGUAGUAAAAGCUGUGCUUUUCAUUCUCAACAUUUCAAACACCACUGUA